AAGGUCCAUUGAGGGGUUAAAAAAUAAAAUAACUCCCCUCAUCCACUUGAUUCUUUGUUCUUCUUGAAGGACCUUUGCUGAUAUCACCACGUGGCGAGAUGGAGGGAGCUGCCGACUGGGAGCCUGACGAGGCCGGGGACCUGCUGCAUCAGCGGCGGCACAAGAUCAGAUCCAGGGGAACAACCCUUCUCUCAUUACAUAUUCAUUCCUGGUAGCAGUAUGACUACAUCACAUGACUAUGACAUCAGCGUUAGUAAGACUAUGACAUCACACUGUUUAUCUUAUCAGUAUGGCUAUACUGAUACCGGGAAUAGCUGUGAUGUCAUACUGAUGCCGGGAAUAGCUGUGAUGUCAUAGUGAUGCCGGGGAAUAGCUGUGAUGUCAUAGUGAUGCCGGGGAAUAGCUGUGAUGUCAUAGUGAUGCCGGGGAAUAGCUGUGAUGUCAUAGUGAUGCCGGGGAAUAGCUGUGAUGUCAUAGUGAUGCCGGGGAAUAGCUGUGAUGUCAUAGUGAUGCCGGGGAAUAGCUGUGAUGUCAUAGUGAUGCCGGGGAAUAGCUGUGAUGUCAUAGUGAUGCCGGGGAAUAGCUGUGAUGUCAUAGUGAUGCCGGGGAAUAGCUGUGAUGUCAUAGUGAUGCCGGGGAAUAGCUGUGAUGUCAUAGUGAUGCCGGGGAAUAGCUGUGAUGUCAUAGUGAUGCCGGGGAAUAGCUGUGAUGUCAUAGUGAUGCCGGGGAAUAGCUGUGAUGUCAUAGUGAUGCCGGGGAAUAGCUGUGAUGUCAUAGUGAUGCCGGGGAAUAGCUGUGAUGUCAUAGUGAUGCCGGGGAAUAGCUGUGAUGUCAUAGUGAUACCGGGAAUACACAUGAUGUCAUAGUGAUACCGGGAAUAUACGUGAUGUCAUACUGAUACCAGGAGUAUAACCCCCGGUCACUGCUCUUCAUCAGCAGGGUUGUCGGUCGGCUCUAACCACUGAGGUGUCAGGACUAUCACAGGGAAGCCGGACUAAAGAGAAUCCGCUCCAGUCCUCCCGGGUUGUAGGCGACGGCUACCAUUAUGGCACAUUCGUGUUUCAUUUCCUCGCCAUUUUCAAGAACUCUGCUUGCAGUCAGUGAAUGGCAGCAUUCUAGUCCAUAUACCAGGGGGGACAGAAAACCUGUCCUGCCGAAGUCCUUCAGAUAUUAGAGCGAGGGUCGGGCGCGGCAGUUUUACACCGGCUUGUAUGUAUCCCAGAGCGCUUUACGAUUCCUCAUCGCUUGCGUAUGACUUGAUGAGGCCGCUGCGGACCUGCGAUUUAUGACGUGGCGCCUUCGAUUGCUUCAUCAAUUAGAAAGGAUCCAGACCUCUACCUCAGGAUGUAAGUCGCAAAGUUUCCAUUCACUGGCAGCAAGCAGAGAUCUUGACAUGGUGGAACUUUUAACAGAAAGCACAAGUUGUAGCAGUCUUGAUUAUGCUUUAAAUAGGUUUGCACACUAUCCCUGGCGCGCUUAGAACUACAACUCCCAGCAGGGCCAGGCUGAGGGCUCCGGGGGGCCACACCGCACACAGCCGACACGUCCGCCUCCGGAGCCGGCCUCUCACCAACUGUCAUGGCCGCUGAUGACAAUAACAAUCAUCACUCUCCUCACAGCGGCUCCCAGCCCCGCCCCUUUCCCUCCUAACCACGCCUACAACUCCGCCGCCCACGACCGCCAGGGCCAAUCAGAAGGCCGCGCACGUGACGAGCGCUCCAUGCGAUGACCUCAUCUCUGGUGUGGGAUGACGUCAAAUUCAAGAUGGAUGGAAUCACGGCGGCAGGAGAGCGCCGAUGACAUUUUGCGCACUGGAGGGUCGAGAGCCGUUGCGGACAGCCAUUCCCGGAGCCGCGGAGUAACGGUCGGUUUUGACAAUGGAUGGGAUCCUACAUUAUAUAAAUCCAGCUCAUGCAAUCUCUUUGCUGAGCGCUUUAAAUGAAGAGCGUCUGAAAGGUCAACUCUGCGAUGUUCUUCUGAUUGUCGGGGACCAGAAAUUUAGAGCACAUAAAAAUGUACUUGCCGCGAGCAGUGAAUAUUUCCACAGCCUCUUCAUGGACAAAAACAACGAGUCCCAAAAUGUCUUUCAGCUGGACUUCUGCGAAGCUGAUGCGUUUGACAACGUCUUGAACUACAUUUACUCUUCCUCGUUGUUUGCCGAGAAGGGAAGCCUCGCAGCUGUGCAAGAACUAGGCUAUAGCCUGGGUAUCAGCUUUCUGACAAACAUCCUUUCCAAAACCCCUCAAGCACCAUUUUCUUCAUGUAAGAAGCCGGGAUACCACGAAGACAACGACAAUGGAUCACAGAAAAGAAGUGUCAUAGUCUGUCAAAAGGAGACUCCGAGCAGAGACCUUGGUCAUUUACACAAUGACAAAAGCCAUCCGUCAAGGCUAUCUUCUACUGGUAGAGCAAGCUCGGGUCGACAUCACAUGCGGACAUCUGAUUCACUUUCCAGCUUCUUGGCUUCUGAACGGAAGUGGCACGGGGCCUCUAACUCAAUUGAGCAAAGCGGUUGGUCGAGAAGAAAAGCCUUUUCGCAUCAAUCUACAUUUGAAGAUGAUGACGAUGGUAACGAAGACCACCCCUCGGCUUCCAGCUUGUCAAGGGGAGGUGUGUCAGAGUUGUUCAGCAAAAAAACGGUGCUACCCUCUCCCAGUCCAACAGAGUCUUCUUUUACAUUGCCAAAAACAGAAAGGGAGAGUCCACAAAUUAAAGAGGAAGACGAUGAUGACAUGACCUAUUAUCAAGGCGUUUCAGCUGCUCCUGCCAACACAUCGAGCCAACAGAUCGAUCGCAGCGGCCCUCUUGUUAAAAGUCUUCUAAGAAGAUCACUCUCCAUGGAUAGUCCGGUUCCUGCUUACUCACAAGCUGCCGAUUUUCAUUCCAGCCAUGAGACGACCUUUUUUAAGACGAGCACGAAGGAGCAAGUGCCCAGCGGAAUGUCUCGUAGGAACAUACUGAAAGCCAGAGUCAAAGAAAAAGCGGCAGAACUUAUGAGACCCAUUGUGACAUACUCGACAGCUACCGAUACCCAUCUUGAGGAUGAGGUCCGCAUCAAGACUGAACCUAGUAGCCCUGGUUCCGAACCUUCAGAGAUCUAUCAAGUAACGAUAGGGGAUCAAGCACAAAGUAGGACUGUCAGUCCACAGGAGGAGGCCCCUGUAAUCAAGGUUAAUAAAAGAAAGUUUCCAGCUGAUAGGAGGCUCCUGCCUAAAAGAAUAAAAAUGAAAGAGAGUCCACCAGAGCCAGAAGGUGCCAGAGCAGCGGAUCAUUUCUCAGAUUCUGACGAUAGCCACGAAAUGAGCAUUGCGUUACCAGAAAUGCACCAAGACAAAAAAUUCAAAUGUAAACAUUGCCUUAAGAUUUUCCGAUCAACCGCUGGGCUUAAUCGUCACAUGAACAUGUACCACAACCCGGAGAAACCGUACUCUUGCGACAUCUGCUUCAAAAGGUUCCACACGAACUUUAAAGUGUGGACACACUGUCAGACGCAGCACGGGAUCGUGAAGAACCCGUCGCCCGCGUCGAGCACACAAGCUGUUUUAGAUGAAAAAUUCCAAAGGAAGUUAAUAGACAUUGUUAGAGAAAGGGAAAUCAAAAAAGCACUUAUCUACAAACUGAGAAGGGGCAAAGCGGGCUUUCCCGGAUCGGCAAGUAGCCAAGCACAAGCCCUGAAACGAAACUUCAGAUCAAGAACUAAAUCUGCUUACACCUGCAACUAUUGCGGGAAGUCUUACCGGUUCCUAUCCCAGUUUAAGCAGCAUUGCAAAAUGCAUCCAGGGGAGAAGUAUCAGUAUGGCAGCAAACACCUUAGGCCUAAAGCUCCAUCGCCUCCAAAGAGUCCUGAUGAUAGUAAGGAGAUAUUUCGAUGUAGGCACUGCAAUUUAAAGUUGUCUUCAUUCAUCGAGCAGGGAAACCAUGAGCACCUGUGUCGAAACGCAACUCUCUGUCAAUACUGUAGUCUUCGAUUUGCCACUUCAGAACUUAAAAUUGAACAUGACCUAAAGUGUGAGUACAAGAAGCUUACAUGUCUGGAGUGCAUGAGGACAUUUAAAUCUUCUUUCAGUAUUUGGCGUCACCAAGUGGAAGUUCACAACCAAAACACAAUGGCCCCUACAGAAAACUUUUCGUUACCUAUGCUUGACCACAAUGGGGACAUCAAUAGUACACCAAGGCUGCAGCCGGUAUCUGAACCUAGUAAGGGGAACAGCUUUCUGACAUCAAAGGAUGACGGUGUAUACAGUGACUCUUCAGAACAUAUGAAUUUCGAUUCAGAGGACUCCAACUGUCUCCCCGAAGAUCUUAGCGUUUCUAAGCAAUUUGAAGUUAAGAUCAAGGAAGAACCUAUAGAUGAAAUGGAAGAUGGCUCCGAAGCUCUCUAUGGCCACAAAGAAGACACGCCCAGCCCUGAACGUGGGGUCUGGUCGUGCGAAAAAUGCGGCAAAAUGUUUACAGUUCACAAGCAGCUGGAGCGUCAUCAGGAACUAUUGUGUUCAGUCAAACCUUUCAUCUGUCACGUAUGCAACAAAGCGUUCCGAACAAAUUUUCGGCUUUGGAGUCACUUUCAGUCGCAUAUGGCACAGGGAGAAGAGUCUUCUUUCAAAGAACCAGAAGGUGCUGCUCCCGUGAGCUCCCCAUCCCCAUCGCCUCCACCGCCACCACCACCACCACCACCUCCUCCUCCUCCACCACCACCCCCAGCAACGCUUCCACGUCCUCCUCCACUGAAAAUGCAACCCAUAGAAGUAGAAAGACGCAAAGCCGUUCCAGAGAAGUCUAGUUCUACUGAAAAGAUGUUUGCCCCCCAAGAAUCGGAUACUCUUUUCUACCAUGCCCCACCUCUGUCGGCCAUUACAUUUAAGCGACAGUUCAUGUGUAAACUGUGUCACCGGACCUUUAAAACCGCCUUCAGUUUAUGGAGUCACGAGCAGACACACAACUGAAUCUAUGGUGCUAGACUAAAGUAAUGCAUAGAUGUUUGGGGGUGGGGAGGGCUAACCAUUCCUGGCCAAAAUAAGACUCUAGGUAUCAGUCACUAUUAUUAGUGCUCCUAAAAGACUUUAAACUGUGACCCCGUAACAUGGCUGGAAGUCCAUCAAUAAACCUUUAAUUUCCAUUUGACUUGGAUACCCUUUCCCAUCUGCAUGUAAUCCACCACAGACCACGGUUUCGACGUUGUGGGAGCAUCUCCUUACAUCUGUAACAAGACUGAAUCUUUCGAUGAACUGGUUUGUGGACUAUGACCCAGUCUAUCCUCUAGCAAUAAUGAAUACGAGAACCUCAAGUUCAGAUGGGACGAGCUUCGUAAGAAGAGGCAGCAGGUUGAUGUUGUGCUACGUAGGUUAGCAGUGAUAGAUCGUAGCUUAGCGUGGCUGAACCUUAGACCAUUGUAACUGACCAAUACAAUGAUGGCGCUUCUUUUGUAGUCGGCCUUUGUGAUCAAGAAACAAAGGUUUUUCUUUUACUGUAAUUUCUUUGUAUGAGAAGACCUCUGCAUUUGACAGCGCUGGUUUUUAUUUUGUUUCCGUAGCUGAAAUGCCACUUUGGCAGGAGUUUCAUGGUUUUUCUUUUCAGACAUGUCGCCUUUUGCAGUUUUCUCCGUAGCACAAUCUACAGUUCCUAACCCAGGACUUCUAACUGUUCUAUGAUCAGGUCCAAUAUCUUACCAUGUGUGUGCGGUUUACUGCUUUUUGUUCAGUGGAAGAAGUUUCAGAACUGGAAAUCUCUGUAAAGUGAGUUGUCGAAAACAAAAUACACCAAGCACAACUUAAAGUUUCUCUCUCUCCGACUUUAACUGGGUUCGGGUAAAUUGUAUACAUAUUUCUUCAGAAGGUCGGAAGUGGGAUGGUUGUGUGAAAAGUAAGAGGUCACAAAUGUAUUUGUUCUAAGAGUCGUACGUGAAAUUCAGAAGUCGAAAACCUUCCAGUUUAGAUACAGAUGAAAAAAAAAAACGCGGAGCCUUAUUGCAAAAUUACAUCCCAGUUGUGCAAGUAAGUGCAGUGCAGUUUGGUCACCUGAAACCAUCUACUGCCACCUAUAGUGUGUCCUAAAAUCACAACAGACUGGCUCAUGCACACGACUGUGGUUUUGGCAAAAAAAAUGCGGAUCGGAUGCGGACCCAUUCAUUUCAAAGGGGCCCCAAAAGACGCGGACAGCUGUCUGCGUCCGUAUGUCUCUUCCGCGGCCCAGCAUAAAAAUAGAUAAGCUAUUCUUGUCCGUUUUGCAGACAAUAACAGGCAGUUCUAAAGAGGGCAGAACGUACCAUUGUGCAAAAUGCGGAACACACAUGGGUUAGUAUCCCUGAUUUGCAGUUUGCGGACCACAAAAAUUGCUACUGCAGAGUGCAUGAGCCCGUAGUGCCAGGUCUGGUUCUGUUCUCAAAUUACUAAAAGGGAGAUGUCCCUGCACACACAGCUUAUUACUAAGGCCUCUUUUACACAUCUGUGUCCAUGAUAACAUCUGUGACAAGACGGUCAGUGGUUCAUUCGUGAAGGAUACGUGUUUGGGCCGUGUGUCUGUUUUUUUUGCCCUUCGUAUGCCAUCAGUAUUCUACGGACACUGCUAGGCUGAAAAUUAAUUUCCAGAGCAUCUCCUACUGGUCAGACAUGGAGGGCAUCCGUAGUUUUCACGAACCCAUAGAC